CAACACUGUACGACUUCAAUCAUUUCUUCUCCACAUUUUGUAUCUUUCUUCUUCUUCUUCUUCCCCAAAUCUUGUUCUCAGUUCUCUAGGGUUUUCACCUUUUCAAUACUCACACGAAAGCUUAUUCAUUUCUUCAUCUGCAAAUGGCGAUCAGCGAUCAGUUUCCUACUGGGUUAAGAAUUCUCGUUGUAGAUGAUGACACUUCCUGCUUGUUCAUCCUCGAGAAAAUGCUUCUACGUCUCAUGUACCAAGUUACAAUUUGCUCACAAGCUGAUGUUGCGUUAACCCUUCUAAGAGAAAGAAAAGACUGUUUCGAUUUGGUUCUAAGUGAUGUACAUAUGCCUGGUAUGAAUGGUUACAAACUUCUCCAACAAGUUGGUCUCGAAAUGGAUCUUCCUGUCAUUAUGAUGUCUGUUGAUGGAAGAACAACUACAGUCAUGACUGGAAUCAACCAUGGAGCUUGUGAUUAUCUAAUCAAACCAAUUCGUCCUGAAGAGCUUAAGAACAUAUGGCAACAUGUUGUUAGAAGGAAAUGUACAAUGAACAAGGAGCUUGGAAAUUCUCAAGUUUUAGAGGAUAACAAGAACAGUGGCAGCGUCGAGACUGUGUAUUCGGCUAGUGAAUGCUCAGAGGGGAGUUUGAUGAAACGUAAGAAGAAGAAGAGAAGUGUUGAUAGAGAAGAUAAUGAAGAUGAUGAAAAUUCGAAGAAGUCGUCACGCGUUGUUUGGUCUAUUGAAUUGCAUCAACAAUUCGUCAAUGCUGUAAACCAGCUUGGAAUUGACAAAGCUGUACCAAAGCGGAUUCUAGAGUUGAUGAAUGUUCCUGGUUUGAGCAGAGAAAACGUGGCUAGUCAUUUACAGAAGUUUCGAUUGUAUCUGAAGAGGUUAAGCGGUGUAGCUUCACAGAGUAAAGACACGGAGUGUAUCAAAAGAUAUGAAAACAUCCAAGCUAUGGUUUCCUCAGGACAAUUACAUCCACAGACACUAGCUGCAUUGUUUGGUCAACCAGUAGAAAAUCAUCUCUCCGCUAGUUUUGGAGUUUGGAUUCCUAAUGAUGAUCUUGGCAGUGGUAGAUCUCACAUUCAAAACUUUGCGGUUGAUGUAUCAUCUACUUCUGACCGUCCUGUUUCUGUCACUACUUCGAUGGCGGUUCAUGGUCUAUCUUCCUCUGCAAAUUUCAGUCAGAAAGGUGAUGCUGACAACAGCAACAGAGACCACAGAAUCAGACAAGGGUAUGGAUCAAAUGUUAAUGAAGAAUCUUGGAUCUUGGGAAAAUGUUCGAGACAACGACACUGAGCAACAUGGAUGGGCUUAAGAAGAUGAAGCUCGUAUUUGUUCUCAAACUAUUUCCUUCACAUCUUCAAAAUUUGAAGAAAACUUGUAAUGUCAGCAAUAUUAGCUUAGGACAUGUACUUGUAUUUGCUAGUUUCUCUUAAUGGGAGAGUACUUAUGUUUAAAUCUUUAGAUUGGUAACAAUAGUAACAUGUUGAAUUGUAAUUGUGUAUUUUGCUAUAGUUGUAUUGUCUUUAGUUGCAUUGUCUCUAAAAGUCUGAAACCUUUAUCACUAA